ACAUAAAUACCCUGCUUUCCACCUCUCCUCCCCUUCCUGCUGCUCUAUAGAUAUUGUAUAGAAUCAUGGCGUAUCUAGAGCAGUACAACUGGGACGACAUCGCCCCGAUCCCGCAGAACGACGGCGGCGAGAACGCAGUCGCGCCAAUCGCAUACAGCGACGAGUACCGCAUCGCGAUGGAAUAUCUCCGGGCAGUCAUGCGCGUCAACGAGUUCUCGGAUCGCGCGCUCAAGCUGACGGAGGAUGUUAUUUAUAUGAAUGCUGCUCAUUACACGGUCUGGCAGUAUCGGACAAGGAUAUUAUUCGCCCUCGACAAGGAUCUUUGCCAGGAACUGAUCUGGGUUGAAGGCGUCGGCAGGAGAUUCACCAAAAACUAUCAGAUCUGGAACCACCGCGAAGUCAUAAUCGAAAAACUCGGCGACCCCUCCCGCGAACUGCCCUUCAUCGAGUCCAUGCUCGAGCUCGACUCGAAAAACUACCAUGUCUGGUCUUAUCGCCAGUGGCUUGUCCGCCGCUUCGAUCUGUGGGCGACAGAGGUCCCGUUCACUGAUAUGAUGCUCGAGCUCGAUGUCAGGAAUAACUCGGCUUGGAAUCAUCGGUUUUUUGCGAUCUUUGGGAGGGCGGAGGCUGUUCUGAGUAGCGUUGUUGAUGAUGAGAUUGAAUUCACAAAAAGCGCAAUCUUCACGGCGCCCCAAAAUCCCAGUGCCUGGAAUUACCUACUAGGUGUCCUGAAAAAAUCCGGCCGGCCACUCUCAGACCUCGAGCAAUUCUGCCUCACCCUCUCCGACCUCACCAAGACCUUCCCCGCCACAAGCAGCAGCACCACCACCAGCCACGAAGAGGAUAUUCUGUCGGCGAGAGCGAUCGAGGUUCUGGCGGAAAUCUAUGCGGAGCGGAAUGAUUUCCCGCGCGCGACCCACGCGUGGACGUUGUUGGCGGAGAGAUAUGAUUGCGUGCGGGAGAAUUAUUGGAAUUUCAAGAAGAGGAGUGCUGUUUCUAGACUUGCGGGGUGUGCUUGAAUGUAAUUAGAAAUGGUAAGGUG